ACCACAUCACAUUCGAGGUGGAACCUCAAGAGCAGCAGCAGCUGGGUCAUUUGGCCAAGAAACGCGAUGAUCUGCAGCUGUUUCUCCUCGGCUCGAGACCGAGUGUGUAUCGGCUGUCGAGGCGCCACUUGCUGCUGACGGCCUUGCUUUGUGGCACAGCGUUGAUUCUGCUCUAUGCCUACGGCGAUGUAGUGAUGCUGACCGCAUUGAGGAUGCGGGAGAAUGGUGGACAGGACAAUCAGGUGACUAACGAACCGCUUGCCACGCAACUGGAGCGUGAAGUGCGUGUCGCCUGCUUUGUCCUGACUACGCCCAAGUAUCACAAGUCUCGGGCGGUGCACAUACAGCGCACGUGGGGCAAACGUUGCAACAAGAUCUACUUUAUGACCUCGCAACCAGAUGACGAGCUCGAGACCAUCAUUCUCACCAAGCCCGACAAAUACGAGGUGCUGUGGGGCAAAACGAAGGAGUCCUUCACCUACCUCUAUGAGCACAAGCGCCACGAGUUCGAUUGGUUCAUGAAAGCCGACGACGAUACAUAUGUUUUUGUAGAGAACUUGCGUCAUAUGCUUUAUCCUUAUUCGCCUGAUGAGCCCAUUUAUUUUGGCUUCAACUACAAGCUUUUCAAUGUAGAAGCGAAGAAUGCGAGCUACAUGUCAGGUGGCAGCGGUUAUGUGCUCAGUCGAGAGGCGUUGCGUUUGUUUGUGCAUGGAUUGAAUGACAGCAGCAAGUGCCGGCCAGAGGAUGAUUCUGCCGAGGAUGUGGAGGCCGGAGCUUGUCUCUUUAAAACGAAUGUGGCCGCCGGCGAUUCACGCGACGACAAAUUGCGUAAUCGAUUCUAUCCCAUGAUGCCAUAUUCAAGCUUAAUGUCAAAGUACAAUGGAAUGGAUUUCUGGCUUUUUAAAUAUGCCUACUACAAUCCACGUGCAUGUAUGGACUGUCUCUCCGAGUAUCCGGUGGCCUUUCAUUACGUUGAGCCUCGGGAGCUUUAUUCCUUCAAUUAUCUCAGCUAUAUGUUUGAUUUAUUUGGGCGACAGCCCACUGUUGAGCAUCUUCCAGCGAGGAUUCCACUCGGUCAAGUCAUCAUUCCUCCCUCGGACAAUAGAUAACAUUGUACAAAUCUUUAUGUUUCUUUUUUUUUUCUUUAAUUUUUAAAUUUAUUUAUUACAAAACUAAUUAAAUUAAUAUAGAACUUUUACUAUAGGAGUUUAGGAGUUAUUGAAAAUGCAGAUUUCAGCUUCCUUGCUCUUUCCUAUUAGAUUUUGCAAUGAUAGAUUAGUCUGUCAACAAUAAGUGAGUGAACCAAAGAGCCUUAAGUCUAUAAAAGAAAAAAAAAAACACAAAUAAAGUUUUUAUAGCAAUUGAAACUAUCUUGUACAAAAAGGUCAGCCUCCAAGCUCUUACCGAUUGGACAUUGCUUUGAUGAAUUAGUCAGUCAGUAAAUAACUCAGUGAAAACAAAGAAACUACUACAAAGACUAUUAACUAUUAAAUAGGUAUGAAAAAAGUUUAGGAGAUAUUAAAAUUAUUUUGCUUAUGAAUUCCAGCCUCCUAGCUCUUACCGAAUAGGCUGUGCGUUUUUAUUUUAGUCAAAGAUUGAGCAAUUAAAGACAAAAAAACGUAUUUUAUUUAUAUAUAAAAAAAACUCAAAUGAAAUUGAUGAAGUAAUGAAUUAUUUUAUAUUUGGUUUGUCAGUGAUUGAGAGAGAGAAGAUAAAAACUUC